CUUUGAUACGCAAUUAAUUAAUUUAACAAACUAAAAAUAAUAAUAAUAAAUUAAUUAAAAUAUAAAUAAUUCUAAAAUAAUUAUAUAAAACCUCUAUUAGUUCAAUGAUUUAAAAAAAAAAAAAGAUUAAAAUUUACUAUUUGUCUUUUUUGUGUGUCGCCACGUAUCAAAUCUAAUGACGUCAUAUUUCCCAAAGAGAGAGAAAAAAAUUGCUCAACAAACAGUGGAAAAAAAAUCUAAGAUCUAACCCGAUCACAUAAUAAUAAAUAAAUUCGAACACUGCACAAUAAUUAAAAAUGAUGGCUAAUUAUGUGAGGAAAAUUAGCCAAGGGGCAACCCGAAGAAAUGUAUUCUCAGUAUUUUCAAGUGGAAAAAAUAAUUAUGCAACUGAGGCAUCAUUUGAAACAAAACCAUUUAGACUUCAUAAAUUAGAAAAUGGACCAUCAAAUAAAGUUACUGUAACACGAGAUGAAGCACUUGAUAUUUAUAAAAAAUUACAUACAAUUAGAAGAAUGGAAACAGCUGCUGGUAAUUUAUACAAAGAAAAAAUUGUACGAGGUUUUUGUCAUUUGUAUUCUGGCCAGGAAGCUUGUGCUGUUGGUAUGCAAGCAGCUCUUCGUCCAGUUGAUUCUGUUAUAACAGCAUAUAGAGCUCAUGGUUGGACAUAUUUAAUGGGUAUAUCACCAGUUGGUGUACUUAGUGAAUUGACUGGACGUCAAAGUGGUAAUGCCAGAGGUAAAGGUGGUUCUAUGCAUAUGUAUGCUAAAAAUUUUUAUGGUGGUAAUGGUAUUGUUGGUGCCCAGGUUCCAUUGGGUGCUGGAAUAGCUUUUGCUCAUAAAUACAAAGGUGAUGGUGGUGUUUGUCUUGCACUUUAUGGUGAUGGUGCUGCAAAUCAAGGACAAAUAUUUGAAGUAUAUAAUAUGGCUAAACUUUGGGAUGUACCAUGUUUAUUUGUUUGUGAAAAUAAUCAAUAUGCUAUGGGUACAAGUGUUGAUCGUGGUGCAGCAAGUUCUGAAUAUUAUACACGUGGAGAUUAUGUUCCUGGUAUUUGGGUUGAUGGUAUGGAUGUAUUGGCUGUUAGAGAAGCAACUAAAUUUGCAUUAGAUUAUUGUACAUCUGGUAAAGGACCACUUGUUAUGGAAACAAUGACAUAUAGAUACAGUGGACAUAGUAUGUCUGAUCCAGGUACAAGUUAUCGUACAAGAGAAGAAAUUCAAGAAGUUCGUCAAACACGUGAUCCAUUGACAAGCUUCAAAGAACGUAUACUCAGUACUAAUCUUGUUACUGCUGAUGAACUCAAGAAAAUUGAUACAGACAUUAGAAAAGAAGUUGAUGAUGCUGUUAAAAUAGCUAAAUCUGAUAAAGAAAUUGGUGAUCAUGAAUUAAGUGCUGAUGUUUCUGUUGAUAUUAUUGAUCCAGAAAUUCGUGGAACAACACCAUUCAUUCCUCUUAAACACAGUCGAAUUGGACCAGCUGUUAAUGCCUAAAUACUAUUAUUUAGUUAAAUUUUAGUUUAAUUACCUUUCACCUCAAUUUAACAAAAAUAAUAAUAAAUGAAUAACAACAAAGUUUAUAACAAAUGAACAAAAAUUAAAUUUUAACUAUGAAAAUUUAGAAAAUAUAUGUAUUCGAGCGAACGAAAACACAAACUGUAUAUUUAUUGAUUUUAUAGAUGUUGAUAAAAUCAUCAAUAACACACUGAUUUAAAUCAAUACAAUGUAUUUCAAAUUUAAAAACUAAAAAUGAGAUUAAAACUUGUAUAGACCCGUUAUAAAUUAAUAAAAAAAAAACUUUGUUGAAUAAGAAAAUUAAAACAAUAGAUAAGCAACGAAUAAAAUUUGUAAAAAAAGAAAAAAAAAAAAACAAAGCAAUUGUUGAUUACAAUAAACAAAUAAUAAUUGGCCUUAAAAAAUUUGUUAAUAAUUUUCCAAAAAUAAAUUAAAUAUUAUUUAAAAGAAUGAAAAAAAAAGAAGAAAAAAUUUACAAUUCCAGAGUAAACUUACAAGUCUUGAUGUCAACUAAUUGAUCAAUUUGAUAUAUUUACAAAUAGUCUUGGAAUUUUGCUAAAAAAGUAUACAUAUCGUAAAUCAUUUAAUUAUUGAUUUGAUUAUUUCAAUUCGUGGGUCAAUGAGCCGAACCAAUGACAAAGAACCACACCUUAGUUUAACAAUUAACUCUUAUUUAAAUUCGUAAAAUUUUUUUUUUUUAUAUUACUGCUAAAAAUUGCUGACAGACAGACAACAAAAUGUACCUUUUUUUUUAUUCUUAAAUGACCUUGAAAUUAAUGACAUUACAAAAAAAUGUUUAAUAAUAUAAAUUUAAUAAACAAAUGUUAUUUUUUAUAUUAAAAAAACAAAGAAUCAUUUUUUAAAAAAUUUAAUGACAACAAAAACCAACAGAUAAUCCAUCAUUUUGUUCAUGAUUUUUAUAAUUAUUAAUAAAUUUGUUAUCAACUUUUAUAAUUCGACUUUUAAAAGGUAAAAAUA